AUGGAAGACACCACAAAAUUGAAUACCUCAAAGCUAGGAACCAAGCAAUACUGGGACGAUUUUUACGCCGUAGAGAAAUCAAACUUCGAAGAAAAUCCAGAAGAUACUGGUGAAUGCUGGUUUGACGACAGUAAUGCAGAGGACAAAAUGAUAGAGUUUCUCACAGAUCAUGUGGGUGAGCUCCUCGUUGCCAAAGAUGCUUCCAUGAUUGAUUUGGGGACAGGAAACGGCCACUUAUUGUUUCAGUUGUGCGACGAAGGUUUUGAAGGCAAAAUGGUCGGUGUGGAUUAUUCGGAAAAGUCUGUUGAAUUUGCCCGCGAAAUUUUGAGGGCCAACUACUCAGAUUUGAGUAAUCUCGAGUUUUUGGCAGCCGACAUUUUCGACUCAAAAUGGGAAAGUCCAAAGUAUGAUAUUAUUCUCGAUAAAGGCACUUUGGAUGCCAUUGCCUUGAGUGGUCUAAAAUCAUCUAAUGGAGAAACUAUCGUUGAAGCCUACCCAAAAGUUGUCGACAAAUUGAUGAAGAAAGACAGCGUAUUCCUGAUAACCUCUUGUAAUUUCACCGAAGCAGAGCUAAAAAAGAUGAUAGAAACCGAUUCUUUAGUAGCUUGGGAAACUAUAAAAUAUCCUGGAUUUAAAUUUGGAGGACAUGAAGGUUCUACCAUUUGUAGUGUAGCUUUCGUGAAGAGGUAA